UCUUUCCUCUUCUCCUAACAAAACCAAAAGACAACGCAUCGAACCCUAACAUCAGAAAAUUCGAACGUUAGAUUAAACAGGAGCGCAUCGGAGAAUGUCGUGUACCGUUGCGAUCUCUAACUCCCCGGUGUUCUCACCGUCCAGGGUUCCCUCUUCUCUCUUCUGCAAAUCCUCCUCCUCUCCCGACAAAACUCUAUCCCUAACCCUGUCUCCUUCCUCCUCCUCCUCUUCUCUGUCGUCGUCUCCGUCUUCGCCGCUGAGACUCAGGCUCCAGAAGCCCCCCAGUGGCCUCAACCGAGCGUCCAUCGAUGCCGUGGUUUCGGCUUCGUCUCCGCCGUCGCUGCUAAAGAGGAAGCGGCCCGCGAGGCUCGAUAUUCCGGCCUCGUCUGUCGGAUUCUCCGGUGGCGGUGCUGCUACUCCGACGACCGUGGGGGAGAGAAGGCCGGUGGUGGAGUUUGACGGCGAUGGGGACGGGUACUCCGUGUGUUGCAAGAGGGGGAGGCGAGAGGCCAUGGAGGAUCGAUAUUCGGCUGUCGUCAAUCUUCAAGGAGAUCCCAAACAGGCUUUCUUUGGCAUUUUUGAUGGGCAUGGAGGUGCAAAGGCUGCUGAAUUUGCAGCAGAGAAAUUGGAUAAGAACAUUUUACAUGAAGUUGAAAGAAGAGAUGAAAAAGAAAUAGAGGAGGCUGUUAAACAUGGGUACUUGAAGACAGAUUCUGAAUUCCUGAGGGAAGAAUUCCGUGGUGGAUCAUGCUGUGUCACAGCACUGAUAAGGAAUGGCAAUCUCGUGGUGUCCAACGCUGGUGACUGCCGUGCCGUAUUGAGCCGAGGAGGAACUGCCGAGGCCCUUACCUCCGAUCACCGGCCUUCUAGAGAAGAUGAGAAGGAAAGAAUUGAGGCCACGGGUGGCUAUGUGGAUUGUUGCCAUGGAGUGUGGAGAAUUCAGGGAUCCCUGGCUGUGUCCCGAGGAAUUGGUGAUCGACACCUAAAACAAUGGGUAACAGCUGAGCCAGAAACAAAAGUGCUUCAAAUGGAACCCGAUUUUGAGUUCUUAAUCCUUGCUUCUGAUGGCUUGUGGGAUAAGGUUAGUAAUCAAGAAGCGGUAGAUAUUGCCCGGCCUCUGUGCAUCGGCACCCACAAGCCAGAACUGCUCUCGGCUUGUAGGAGGCUCACAGCCCUCUCUUCCUCGCGAGGCUGCAUGGACGACAUUAGUGUGAUGCUGGUUCUAUUGGGACGCUUAUAACUUGAUGGCCCGGGGCCAGUACGAUCGCUAAAAUAGAUGCCUAACAAACUGAAGAUUCUUUGCUUGCAAUCGCUUCUCUCGCCGGUAAAUUGCAAGGCUCACUCACCAACUCAUUCAUUCUUUAGUCGCUAUCUGGGGGGGGGGAGGGAUCAUAUUCGUUUUUGACGAUGACAGUGGAAGCUCUGGGAGUUAGCCUAGUAUAGUUAAUUCUGACCAUUUCUGCUGGAACUAGUCGCGCCUGUAGCUCUGUAACUAGUCAGUGAUCUAAAUAAAUUCUCAGUUGGAUUAUUCUCA